AUGGCCACAAACACUGAAACCACCACUAUUGCCGAGCGGCUUGCCCUCACUCCCUCAUCCGCGGAUGAGGUUUCACAAAAGCCGGCAAAACACGGAUACUUUGACCGCAUAGCCCAACAACAUGCAGGAGCUUUGUGGACAUGCCUGGACAAGAUGGUCCCUCCCAGACCUAACCCUACAGCGACGGUGCAAUCAUGGCCCUACGAACAGAUGAGACCCAGCCUUCUCGAGGCCGGCGACAUCGUGUCUGCCGAGGAGGCCGAGCGGCGGGUGCUGAUGCUUAUCAACCCUUCCCUCGAUGCACCGUACACCACGGACACCAUAUACGCCGGUCUACAACUGAUUCUUCCCGGCGAGACCGCCCCGGCCCACCGACACGUCGCCUUUGCACUCCGAUUCAUCAUCGAAGGGUCAAAGGGUUUCACGGCCGUCGAGGGACAGAAGUUGACCAUGGAACGCGGCGAUGUCAUUCUCACCCCCAGCUGGCACUGGCACGACCACGGCAACGAGGGCACCGAGCCCAUGAUCUGGCUCGACGGUCUCGACCUGCCCGUCUACAGAUUCCUGCCCGUCAAUUUCGCCGAGAACUACGCCGAAAGUCGAUACCCGAGCGAGCCCGUCUCGGAAAGCAAAUUGCGCAUCCCCUGGUCCGGCGUCGUGGAGCAGCUCGACGCCAACAAACCCACCCAGUCGACCAUCUCCGCGCAAGCCGAGCGUGUGGCGGCAGGUACAACGUCUCCCGGGUCUCAAGAGACGUGUUCAUUUGUUUACCACAUCUAUGAAGGCAAGGGCUAUUCGACCAUCACGGGGAAGGACGGCAAAGAGCAGAGAGUCGACUGGCAAGAGAGGGACACUUUUACUGUCCCUGCUUGGAGCACGAUAACACAUACUUCUCUUGACGAGAGUGGCAGUGCUUAUCUGUUUGCAAUCAACGACCUGCCCAUGGUCGAAAGUCUGGGUCUGAUGCGAAGCAGCUCGGGAUGA